AAAUCUGAUGCCAAAACGUGUGUUUUGCAGGUGAAAUAUUGGCGCAGUGUGGAUCCAGAAAGAAGUGCCUUGUACUACUUGAGUCGGUCCACGGAGCCUGAGGCUCUCAUUGUGGGUUUGACACCGGAUACACGGUACUUCGUCAAGGUUAUGGCGUACAAUGCUGCAGGGCCUGGACCGGAAAGUGAAAGAAGCGAAGAGCGAACGUUCAAGAAAGCACCUCAGAAACCACCGACAGCAGUCAAGGUGGAGGCGUAUGAUCCAACGACGGUCAAAGUGAUGUGGCGUUACGUGACGACGAGUCCGGAUGAAGAACCCCUGUUGGGUUACAAGGUUCUCUAUUGGGACGCGGAUCAGGAUGUGGAAUCGGCCCAUGAAGUUUUUGUGAGGUUGGGUGAAGCCCUGGAGGCAUACGUGCGAGACUUGAAGCCCAAGAAACGUUACAAGCUCCGCGUGUUGGCCUUUUCAAAUGGGGGUUACGGGACCAAGUCUUCGCCUGCUUGGGAGUUCCAGAUGGGUACGUCGACCGGAGGACUUCUGAUGAAGACGCACAUUCCUGGCAUUCAGAAGAAACGUUAUUCAGUUUAUCAAUGGGCAGCGAUGAGGAGGAUCUCAUGAGGUGUCCCAGCUACUUUUUACAUCCGGUGCAUGGAUCCGGCCCUAGUUGUGCUAAACAUAUGCAGCUAUUUUUAAUGGAAGAAAUAAAAAAUUAUGCAUCAAUUCCUUGUGAUCGCAGAGAUUUUUGAGGUAUGCUUUUCUUGCUUAUGUACUUUUGUACCUGUGUGUUCUGUGUGCGGAUGGUGGAGCAUUUGUUAUUGUUUAUACUCGAGACAUUUCGGUAAUCUCGUGCAAAAUUUGGGCACUGAAGCCUGAAGCUAUGCAUUCAGUGCGGGAAUCUUCAUUAUUGUUGGGAGAAACAAAGAUUUGUUUUCCUGUUUCA